CUCCUACCGCAGUUUCUAUCAAUGAAUAUGUCAGAAUUCGUUAUCAAUUUGUUGUGAAAUUAUAUUGAAAAGUCUCUGUUUGCUGAUAAUGAAAGUGAAGUGAUUAUUUUAUCGAAGAUACAAGUAAUUUUUUGCUGCUGAUAAGAAAAAUGGCAGCCCUUCCACGCAGAAUUAUUAAAGAAACCCAAAGAUUAAUGCAAGAACCAGUGCCGGGUAUUAGUGCCGUACCUGAUGACAGUAAUGCACGAUACUUUCAUGUAAUAGUUACUGGCCCUGAGGAUUCACCAUUUGAAGGUGGCCUUUUUAAGUUAGAACUGUUCCUGCCGGAAGAUUAUCCGAUGUCUGCACCUAAAGUAAGGUUUAUAACUAAAAUAUACCAUCCUAAUAUAGAUAGACUAGGCAGAAUUUGCCUUGAUAUAUUAAAAGAUAAGUGGAGUCCAGCGCUUCAAAUCCGUACAGUUCUCCUAUCUAUCCAAGCAUUGCUUAGUGCUCCAAACCCUGAUGAUCCGUUAGCUAAUGAUGUCGCUGAGUUGUGGAAAGUAAAUGAAUCAGAAGCAAUCAGAAAUGCAAGAGAGUGGACCCGCAGAUUUGCUAUGGACAAUUAAAUUUUUACCCACACUUUGAGAGCAAGAUAAAUAACAAAGACAUUCUACUUUUAGAUAGUUUUUUAUAUUUUAUUUAUCACACAUAUUGAGGAGAAUUUCUUUGUUAUUCAUAUAGAUGUAUAAAUUUUCUGCUUUUGUGAAAUGUUGACAUUUUACAAAAAACAAAAAAAAAAACAUUUUGAGUUCAUUCUCAAUAUUUUAUUCUUAAUAAGUUAGUCAGUUGUUAUUUAUAGAACCUUGUAUUUCAUACAAUGACUUCACAAUUGUUUUCACAAAGUAAGAAUAAGGGUAAAAUUGUCUUUUUCUUGUGAAAUCUUAAAAAGACAUUGUAAGUAUAUGUAAAAAAUUAAACAGGAAUCAGGUCUCAGUUGUUCAAUUAGAAAAUGAUUUUUAUUUGUAGACACAUUUUACAGUCAAAAAUAUUUUACACAGACUGAAUUUUUUAAUGAUUAUGAUUAUUUUAUGUAAAUUCUGGAAACUUGGAAGCUAUUGCAACUAAGAUGUACUUGUGUUUAUAUUUGUGUAAAACCUUUAUUUUUUGUAUUCCAACACUGUUAUUUUAUUUGUCCAAUGUAACAUUAUUAUUAUUAUUAUUAUUAUUCAAUGUUAAUUACAACUUUUGUUUUCUAUAAUUUUGAGGUGCAAAUUUUAUAGUUGUAAAUAUUGGCUAUUUUAUAAAUUGUUUAAACUAAGACUGUAAAAAUGCUAUAUUUCUUUGUAUAAAAUAAAAUCAAUAACCAAUGCCCUGCAUAAUAAUAUUUUGUACCAUCAAAUUGUAUUAAGAAGCAAUCAUUCAUUUUAUCAAUUCUCUGAAGCCUAUGUAUUUACUGAAGCCUAUCUAUUUACUGAAGCCUUAACUUUUUAAAACAUUUAUACAUUUAAGAGUAUUACAUUGUUAAUUUAAUGUUUAUGUAAAUUUUUGUUUUCUGAUUGGACCUAACUAUUUAUUUAUUUCCUAUAUCCAAAAACAGAAAUGAUCAUAUAUCUUAAAAAAUAAAUAAAAUGCUUUUUAUGAAUAUUUGCA